CUCUUCGCCGUGAAUUUCCACCGGAAUUCGACGGAUACCUGAUUAAUCACAGCUGCGACGGCGACAAAAUGGAGAUUAUGGAUCACGGGAUAGAGCCAGCCUAGAUCUCUUGUUAAGAGAAUUAUGACCCUUGAAGUUAUCUUCCAACCAGCUUUCUUGUGAUUUGAGAGAGAAAACAAAUCUGAUUUUCAUGAAAUCCAAAACAAAGCUCCAAUGUCGGAGCUGCUUCCUCCUCCCCCUCCUCCUCCAAGGAGGGACUCUGGAUUCGGUGAUCCCGCAUUGGCUUUCCCUGAGUUUGCUGCAAAGCGAUGUGGCCUCGAAAAAGUUGUAGAGGAAGAUGGAGAAGGGGAAGAUAGCAGCUAUGGCAAAGGGUCUUUUGAUCUGAGUUCGAGAUUCUCAAGCCCUUGUAUCUCUCGAAGCGGAUUUGAUGAUGUCGAAAAUCCUAGAAAGGCUUCGUCUUUAAAGCUGCCUCCUUCUGGAAUGAGGGAGUCCCCGUUGAAACUCUCUGGUUUCCGAGAGGAGGAAGAGGCUGACCGGAGUAGAAACUCGGGUUCCUUUGUGGAUCAUAUUGGUCGGGAGGACAAGAGGAUAUGCCCGGCUGGAUGCUUCAAAAAAUGCUGCGCGUGUACCUGCAUGUUUGUUUCCAUUGUCCUUAUAAUCGUCGUGUUGACAGGAUUGUCUGUGAACACUUCAAUCAAAUCUAAAUUGCCUGAGGUGCUUGUCAUGAAUCUCAAGUUCUCGAGAUUGGAUGUCGCCAAAUCAUCAACAGAUCUUCUGAUGAAUGCGAACUUGAACACGGUUCUUCAGCUCUCUAACAAAAACGACAAGACAGUUCUAUAUUACAGCCCCAUGAAAGCUGAUGUCUCUUCUGAGAACAUAAACCUCGGAAAGAAAACGCUUCUUGGAUUCAAGCAGGACCCGGGAAACAUUACCUCUUUAAAGAUCCCCACAAGGCUCAGAAAGUCCAAGGUCUAUGAUGUUGAUGCUACAUUGCUGACAAACAAAGAGAAGAAUCUUGAAGCUGAGGUUGAUGUGUUCUUGAGAGGGAAAUUGAGUUUUGAUUGGUUGGGGUUUAAUGUUCAUAUACCAAUUGUUAUUGCGUGCGAGGAUGUGAAGCAGAGUGAUGUGAUAAAUGGACUCAAGCCUACGUGCGAUGUUCGAAUAUUUACCCAAUGAAAACAAUGAAAGUGAUUAAUACACAAAAGACCCCCUGAUCCUCUGUUUUGUUUUGUUCUGUUUUUUUUUUUUUUUUUUACUUUUUUGUUUUCGCUAAUUUUCUUGUUGUAGAUUGAAAACAUAGAAAAAGAGAAGUGCUUUAACUCUUGUUUCUCUACAAUUACCAUCAAGAAUCCACAAGUUAUAUUACUUUUUUCUUUUCACCUCA